AUGGGAUCCGUUGUACGUCCGAACAGCGCCGCCUCGCCCUUCAAGGUUCUUGUGGUUGGCGGCUCAUACGCAGGCCUUGCAACUGCCCUCAACCUGUCGGAUCUUUGCCAGGGUAGGGAUGCACGUGGAGGUUGGGGUGUCGAGAACCCUUGCAAAACAAUCAUCCACACUGAUAUCACCAUCGUUGACGAGCGGGAUGGUUUCUACAACGUCAUUGGAUCGCCCCUGGUGUUUGCCUCUACUGACUACGCCAAGAAGGCGUGGGUUCCCUACGGCGAUGUGCCGGCUCUACAGGAUGCAUCGCAUAUUCAAAUGGUGCAAGGCAGCGUGACCAACAUCGACCUUGCAGCAAAAAAGGCCAUGGUCAAGCAGGCCAACAGUAGUGUCCCUGUCACCUUUGACUAUGACUUUGUCGUUGUGGCCUCGGGCCUCCGCCGCAUCUUCCCCGUCGUGCCGCAAUCGCUCGACAAGGAUUCCUAUCUCGCCGAGAUCACGCCUCACGUCCAAGCCGUCUCGUCUGCACAGAAUGGUGUCCUGGUUGUCGGUGGUGGUGCUGUCGGUCUCGAGAUGGCUGCGGAGCUCAAAUUCGCCCAGCCCCAGGUCAAGGUAACACUGGCACAUUCACGCGCACGCCUGCUGUCGUCAGAGCCACUGGACGAGGUGGUGGGAGCCAAGGUCCUGGAGAUGCUGCAGGAGCAGGGAAUCGAGGUGCUCCUGGAACAUCGCCUGCAGGAGACGCGGCCGGUUGCUGGCCAGCCUGCCGUGAAGGAGGUGGUCUUCUCCAACGGCCAGACUCUGCGUGUCAACAACGUCAUCAUGGCCUUGUCCAAUAACCGGCCGACGACAACGUUUCUGCCCACCGAGGCUGUCAACGAGGAUGGUUAUGUCAAGAUCCAGCCAAGCCUCUUCUUUCCCGAAACUGUCCCCAACGCCGACAGCGCCCUCGCUGCCGGCGACACCGUCGCCUGGUCCGGCGUCAAACGCUUUGGUCGUGCCAUACACCAAGCCCACUAUGCUGCCUGCAACAUACACCAGCGCAUGCAGCAGAUUCUCUUCGAUAAGACGCCAGAGUAUCUGAUCCUCGAUCCAGUCCCGCCGAUGAUUGGCAUUGCCGUGGGUUCUGAUGCCAUUUCGUACAUAAAUGGCGGCGAGCUGGAGUCUGGAAAGGCUGUGGUAGAAAACUUCUUCGGCGACGAUCUUGGCUUGUCAAUUUGCUGGAAGUAUCUAGGCUUGGAAAAGACAUCGAAGGACUUCAAGGGUGAGGCGAAAAAAGAAUGA